CCCGCCGCGCUCUAGGCGGGAAGGCUCCAGCUGCUGAGCCGCGGGAAGAUGUCGGGGUGCGGCGCGGCGGCCGACGAGAAGGCGGCUUCCAGGCUGCGACCCCAGGUGAAUGAAUAUAAAGAAAAUCAAAACAUCCCUUACGUGUCUCUGAAACCCAUACCGAGGACAGUUUUAGAAAAAACAGUUAAAGUUCACCUGGCUGCCUUUUCACUCAGUAAUGACAAGCUAGACCAAGUUAAGCACCCCAAAUCACUAUUAGAAAAGAAUUCUAACGAUGUGCCGCUGUGUAAGAAGACAGAAAUAAAGAAAACUUGCAGAGGGAUUUUAACUCCAAAGAUGGAAGCCACAUCUUCCAGGGCAGAAUCCAGUCUGCAAAAGUCGUCCUUAGAUGUUCAUCCUGAGAGUAACAGGGGACAGCACCAGAGCACUUCAGAUGCUGUGAUCGUCAGUGUUGAUGUGGAAAGUGGCCAGGACGGGGACAGUGAGGAAGAAACCACAUCAGGCCUGGAUGAUUUUUCAGGAUUGUCAUCAUACGAAAAGAAGAGACUAAAGAACAUAUCAGAAAAUGCAAACUUUUUUGCUUCUCUUCAUUUGUCUGAGUCAGCUGCAAGACUUCGUGAAAUGGUAAAGAAGAGACAACCUUCUGAAUCCAAAAGAAAGAAGCCUAGGAAGAGAGAAAAUGACGGGACUGGCUGUAGAAGGUCAAUGCGAUUACUAAAAGUAGACCCUUUGGGAGUUCCAUUACCAGCAACUCCAACCCAGCUGGCAUUAUUAGCAGAUGAAAAUCCUUUGUUACCUCCUGGGCCUUUGGAAAUGACUCCUGAAAAUCGAGAUGAUAACGAAGAACUAUUUAAAGGAUUUCUACAGACUUGGGAAGAAAUGAGUGAGACAGGCAGUAAGAAUACGAAGGAGUUAUUUAGCCUUAAAAGCUACCAAGCCAAUGUAAGUGGUAUGGUCCUUAGUGAAGACACUGUUUGUAAAGUGACCAAAGGCUCAGUGCUGUCUCUGGCCCUCCACCCAUCGGAAACCAGAACUUUGGUGGCAGCUGGAGCCAAAUAUGGGCAAAUUGGACUUUGGGAUUUGACUCAACACCCUAAAGAAGAUGGGAUUUACGUUUUUCACCCGCAUAGUCAGCCAGUUAGCUGUCUUUACUUUUCGCCCGCCAAUCCGGCCCACAUACUGUCGCUGAGCUAUGACGGGACAGUACGCUGUGGAGAUUUUUCCAGAGCUGUUUUUGAAGAGGUGUAUAGAAAUGAAAGCAGUACCUUCUCUUCCUUUGACUUCUUGGCAGAAGAUGCCUCCACUGUAGCCAUCGGACACUGGAAUGGAAGCGUGUCUUUAGUGGACAGGCGGACACCUGGGACUUCUUACGAGAAGCUUGUCAAGUUACCUUUGCAGAAAAUAAGAACUAUUCAUGUCCACCCAGUGCAUAGGCAAUACUUUGUUACUGCUGGACUGAGGGAUAUUCAUAUUUAUGAUGCAAGAAGCCUGACUCCCAGGGGAAGCCAGCCUUUGACUUCUUUGACUGAACAUACCAAGAGCGUUGCUUCUGCCUAUUUUUCACCUAUAACUGGUAACAGAUUGGUGACCACGUGUGCUGAUAAUAAUCUGAGAAUCUUUGACAGCAGCUGUGUCUCCUCUCAGCUUCCUCUCCUCACCACGAUCAGGCAUAACACCAACACUGGGCGCUGGCUGACCAGGUUCCGGGCAGUGUGGGACCCUAAACAAGAAGACUGCAUCAUAGUUGGCAGCAUGGCCCACCCCCGGCGGGUGGAGAUCUUCCACGAGACGGGAAAGUGGCUGCAUUCUUUUCUUGGUGGAGAAUACCUCACCUCUGUGUGUUCCAUCAAUGCCAUGCACCCAACGCGGUAUAUUCUGGCUGGAGGCAAUUCCAGCGGGAAGAUACAUGUUUUUAUGAAUUCAGAAAGUGAGUUUUGGGGUUAGUGGUACACUGAUUUGUUCAAGUUGAUCAGUGUCUGAGGAACCCAGAAAGUUGAAUUCAUGUGGCUUAGCCUGUUUACUUGGUAAUAUGUCAUAUUUAGCAAAUAUAAAAUUGCUUCAUUAUUAAGAAUGUUCCAAUGAGCAGAAUGUACUUUUAGUAAGGGAGAAACCCUGGAGGUUAUUUUCUACAGGGUGGGGAGGGAACUUGAGGGGAGCUGGAAAAAAAAAAUUCUUUUUUUUCUUUUUUUGAGAUGCCUACUCAGGAAGUAUGUUGAGAAAUUCUAAGAUUAUAAAUUAUAAAGCUUUGGACGGUCAAUAUUCAAAGUUUCUGUGAUCAAAUAAUAUGUUUUUGACUCUGUAGUGAGAUUUAGAUUUGUGGUUUAUAGUUUGGAGUGAAUAUUUAUUUCUAGACUCACACAAUUGGAAGGGGUACUGAAAAGUCACCUGAUUCAGUGAUUUCAAAACUUUUAGUUUUUUUUUAAUGGAGAACUCCCUUUUUUUUCCUUCCUCUAAAUAAAAUCUUAUGUGAAACCCCAAGAUAAUUGCCGAGUAGCUUUGGUCAAUGGGGCAGGGCCUGGGCCUGUGUGCUGGGUCCCUUCCCCUCGGGAGAGUUCCUGAGACUGUCCAAGGAAUUCUGGGCUCCUAGACACACAGUUUGGGUCUGCCUUACCCUGAAUUCCAGAAGGGAUUGCCCUCAGACCAGCGCUUUCCUAACAGUGGGUGUUGGUCAUUGACAAGGAAUCAGUUUAUGAAGAGUUUGAAAAAAUGAAAAGGAAAGAAAUAAUAAAGAACAGAAACCAUAAUUAGAAUCAGUAUUGUUUUGUGAAACCUCGUUACACAUGCAUAUAUAUGUAGCCAUAACCGUGUGUGUGUGUUUAUUCUGAUGUCAGCAUGUUUCUUCAUUACUGUGGGUUUGUGGGUCAGGGUUAAAGAAGUGAAAGCUAUUGCCUUAGAAUGUCCCAGACUGCCUUAGCUGUCCCUUUCUGUCUUAGUCAUCUAGUGCUGCUAUACUGGAAAUACCACACGUGGACGGCUUUAACAAAGAGAAAUUUAUUCUCUCACAGUCUAGUAGGUUACAAGUCCAAAUUCAGGGUGUUAGCUCCAGGGGAAGGCUUUCUCUCUGUCAGCUCUGGAGGAAGAUUCCUUGUCAUCAGUCUUCCCCUGGCCGAGGAGCUUCUCAGGCGCAGGGACCCCAGGUCCAAAGGGCGUGCUCUGCUCCCAGUGCUGCUUUCUUGGUGGUAUGAGGUACCCCACUCUCUGCUCACUUCUCUUACCUUUUUAUCUCUUGAGAGAUAAAAGGUGGUGCAGCCCACACCCCAGGGAAACUCCCUUUACACUGGAUCAGGAAUGUGACCUGGUAAGGGUGUUACAGCCCACCCUAAUCCUCUUUAACAUAAAAUUACAAUUACAAAAUGGAGGACAACCACACAAUACUGGGAAAUCAUGGCUUAAUCAAUUGAUACACACAUUUUUGGGGGGACAUAAUUCAAUCAUGACACUUUAAAGUUUCCAGAGGAGAUUCAGUAACUUAAGUGAAUACCUUCGUUCUUACUCAUAUUUUUGGGGACCCCAAAACCCCAAACCCAUUGCCAUCGAGUCAAAUCUGACUCAUAGCGACCUUAUAGGACAGAGUAGAACUGCCCAUAGAGUUUCCAAGAAGCACCUGGCAGCUUCGAACUGCUGACCCUUUGGUUAAUAUCAUUAAAUAUUCACGACUUUGGGUAUGUCUUCACGGAGCAGUUUUCAGAAGUCAGUGUGAUUUGAAUGCGGUUGGUGUUGGGAAGGUGAGCUGCUACGUCACUUGACUAAUGUUACUAUGUGAUGUCACCUGUCCAAGUUUUUUCAUUGUUCUUCAUUGCUAAACUACUAUUGAAGGAUUAUUAUAAAUAGCUUUGGCUAUAUGUAUGAAUUUUAAGAGGAAGUACUAUUUUCUUACAACUGUAUAUCAAAAAUAAAGCGAUAUCUGUAAUUUCCUUGAGGAACAAUUUCUUAAACAAUUUCUUUUUCUGUGAUCUAAGUAUCUUAAAGGCUUAGUUUUUUAAUAGGUUAUGGGUGUUUAUAAGGAAUUUGUUGUUGUUGUUGAGUGCUGUUGAGUCGAUUCCAACUCAUAGUGAUCCCAUGUGACAAAGAACUGCCCCAUAGGGUUUCCUAGGCUGUAAUUUUUACAGGAGCAGAUCGCCAGUCUUUCUCCCAUGAAGCCAUUGGGUGGGUCUGAACUGCUGACCUUUCAGUCAGCAGCCAAGCGGUUAACCAUUAUGCCACCAAGGCUGCUUUUUAUAAGGAGUAGGAGUUUUUCAUUUUCUGGGUGGUACGAGUACAGGAAUUGGUAAGCGAGAUGGAAAUACUGAUUUAUGAAGUGGAAGGAAGGUAAGCUGAGUGAGGUUGAGUUAUGUUUAAACUGCAGGAAACAGUCAGGGAAGCCUUUAGCCUCUGUUUCCCUUUUCAGCUCCACUUAAUUUCACAGGUUGCACAGUGGCUACUUCCAUGGGAAUUGUUCUUUCUUCCGAUGCCAAAAACUACUCGCAAUCAAAUUCAUUUAAGCUUUGAAUACUUGGCAGUAAUUGCCGGGCUUCUGCAGUAAACUUUAGCAAAUUCUUGGUGUUUCUCACUUUUGUGGUUUCAUUUGCCACUGUAGCUUCAUAAGCUGUGCCAUUUACAUCCACUUCCACUGAACAGAGUUGUGUCUUCUUGAGGUGACACAGGAAGGAAAGAGAGUGAGUCCCGAGACUUGUUUCUUGUGGUGAGCCUUAUAAUGGAGGAAUUGUUUAAAUCUAGAAAGCACAUAAAGGAAAAUUGUCUCCCUUAGGACAUCCUCAACUAAUCUGUAGUGAAAGAUACUUCUUCCCAGACUCCUUUAAAGCUUCGGGAUCAACCUUUUUUGUAAGUGUGAACUUUAUCGUAUCUCUUUAAGCGCAUAAGCUCUGAAUUCCACUUGAGUUAUUUUCUUUGAGGUGCCUAGCUUUUUUUUUUUUUUUUUAACAUGA